ACGGUUACGCACUGGUGGGCAGGCACCUCCGUGCGCCCGGAGGAGAGGUGGCCACCAUGCUCUUCUCCUCGGAGAGCUCCUGCAACAUCUCGGGGAACAACUUCUCCGAAGGGUUUGGUAUGUAUCAGCAGCUGGAAAGCGGGGCCACGGCGGCUGCUGGGAACAUCAGCAAGAGGAGAAACUACACCGACCCGUUUGGACGGAACGAGGAGGUUGCCAAGAUCGAGAUCACCGUCCUGAGUCUUGCUUUCCUUGCAGCAGUAGUCGGAAACGUCAGCGUGCUCUUGGCCAUGUACAGAACCCGUCGGAAACUGUCGCGGAUGCACCUGUUCAUGAAGCACCUGAGCCUGGCUGACCUGGUGGUUGCCUUCUUCCAGGUGCUGCCGCAGCUCUGCUGGGAGAUCACCUUCCGCUUCUACGGCCCGGACUUCUUGUGCCGCAUCGUGAAGCACCUGCAGGUCCUGGGCAUGUUCGCCUCCACCUACAUGAUGGUGAUGAUGACCCUGGACCGCUACAUCGCUAUCUGCCACCCACUGCAGACGCUCCAGCAGCCCACGCUGCGGGCGUACUUCAUGAUCGGCUCCACGUGGGCGUGCAGCCUGGUCCUCAGCACCCCGCAGUACUUCAUCUUCUCCCUGAGCGAGGUCCGCCCUGGCUCGGCCGUCUACGACUGCUGGGGACACUUUGUGGAACCAUGGGGUCUUCGCGCAUACAUCACCUGGAUCACAGCGGGGAUCUUCUUGGUGCCCGUGGUCGUGCUUGUGUUCUGUUACGGAUUUAUAUGUCGCACCAUCUGGAGGAAUCUCAAAUUCAAGACCAAGAGGAAGAGAGCGGAAGCGGUGGCGGAGGCCACCAAGAACGCGAUUCUGGGCAGGAAUUCGGUCAGCAGCGUCAGCUCCAUCUCUCGCGCCAAAUUACGCACGGUCAAGAUGACUUUCGUGAUCGUGGUGGCGUACGUGGUUUGCUGGGCGCCUUUCUUCACCGUGCAGAUGUGGUCUGUUUGGGACGAGACUUUCUCCUGGGACGACUCUGAGAACACCAUCGUCACGCUUUCUGCCCUGCUGGCGAGCCUCAACAGCUGCUGCAACCCCUGGAUUUAUAUGAUCUUCAGUGGGCAUCUGCUGUCUGACUUUGUGGGCAGCUUGCCGUGUUGCCACCGGCUGAGGAAUAAGUUACACCAGCAGGAUUCUGACAGCAGCAUCCGCCGGACCACGCUGCUGUCACGUCUGCAGGGUCCGCGGCUUUCUUAGCCCUUCAGAGACCUAAACCUCACCAUUAAAAACUGCCCACAGGUCCCAGCUGCAUUCUGACCACCAGAAGUACAAUAUGUGUGUGGACUUUGGUCCAAAACAGAAAGUAAAACUAAAAUGGAGCUGUUGGUUUGUUGCAGUGCAGGAAAGUAUGAUCUCAUUUGACGAAGAGCAGCACCUGCAGGUUGUUUUCAUUUUAUAAUCCAAAGUGGAAAAGUUUGCCCAGUGGCAAGAGAAGUUCCACUGCUGCAGGUUUUUGGGGUAGGAGAUGUUGGAAUAAAUCCAUUCAUUUUUAUUUUAUCCAUUAGCAUGGUUGUCCUAAAGCAGAAUGAAUAUAAAGAUUUGUCCACUCUGCUGUAUGGCAACUUAUCAAUGUUUUGCAUGAAGCUGGGGAUUGUUUGAAAACAAACAAACACAGCAGGUAUGAAUGUAUUUCAUUUUGAAUGUAUAAUUCUGUGUAUUUUCAAGAAGAAGGGUUGGAUAUUGACUUUUAAACAUGUACAAGCUUAAUUCUUUUGAGUUAAAGCACAAUUGUGAUGUUAGUCUGUAAUAAUAGAAGUUAACUAGCAAACUGGAGGAUAAAGUGUUUAUUCUUGGGAUUGUUACCAUCAUAAAUGUACAGCUGGCAGGGUUGGAUUCAUGCAUAUCUUGCAGAAUAUUACCCGCUGAUGACUGUAUUACUCAGCAGCUUUAUUGCUAAUAUAAAACAUUACAUUAUGAGAUUAUUUUAUUUGGAAUUCGUUGGUAAAACUGUCCCAGUUAAAUUUAUUUUUUCUUUCUUCUUUUUAAUAGAAUUUAAACUUGGGACAAACUCAAACUGCUGAAAUGAACAUAAGCUGAUCAAACAACUUUAAAGCAUAUUUUCUUAAUUUUCUUUUUUUUUUUUUUUUGUUUUUUUUUUUGCUCUCAGCAAUUAGAGGAGUUUUCUAUAAUCUUUAACAGACAGAAGCCUGACUGUCUGUUGGUUAAAAAAUAUCUGAAAGGUUGAAUUGACUCAAUCCCACCAUAUAGUAAGUAACUUAGCUUUUGUGCAUCAGGAACUGAAUGCGCAGACAGACACAGGGAUGCUUUGGGUUAUUCUUACAGGAGUUUUAAAUGGGAAUUAUGGAGCAGCAUUCAAGCUCAUUUUUAUGGCAGCUUGUUUUGCAAAAUGUAAUCUAGUGAACUGUGUCCUCUUCUGAUUAUUUAUACGAGCAAAAUUAAUAAGAGGAAAGCAUUCUCUGUUUUUAAAUUAGUAUAAAGCAGUUUUUUAAGCAAAGAAGUCCAGAACAGCAGGAGGAACAUCCUGACCGCCUGAGUUCUUUUCUCAUUUGAUUGUCAUUUUUAAUUCAUUUUAAAUAAUUACUUUUUCUGAAUGUUUAAACUUAUGUGACCAAGUUGGCUUGGUUAGGUUUAGGCAUUGUGAUGCAAUUUGCUUAGGUUUAGGAAAACAUAUAACAAGUUUGAAAUACACUAACGCGUGUCUAGACAUAUAAAACACAAGAUUAAAAAUUAUUAAAAACUGAAAAACAUUACUUUUAAAGUCAUGUUAUAUGUUACAGAUAAAAAAAAAGAAAACAUUUGUGUCUAUUAGCAUUAUUAAAUAUUUCUUGUUCCAUACCUAUUUAACUUUUUAACCAUAAGGCCAGGUGAGGAUUGUCUUGUUAGCCAGACCCGGCGCUGCGACUUUAAAUUUUCCAUUUACAAAUUAAUAUUAAUUUCGGAAAAUGCAAUGCAUUUGAAAAAACACUUUACUGGUAUCUUUUCCUGUUUCUCUGAUAAAACUAUAUCAAAGAUGUCAAUAAUGAUUGCAUUAUACACACUUAUGAUAAGUGAGAACAUUAUUUCAGAUGUAAAAUUGAUGUUUACACUUGCAUCCACAUACCAGAAGGUGCUGUAAAGGUUUUUCAGCACCUUUUAAGAGGUACUUUAUUUGUUGUUUGUUUUUAUAAAAUAACAAAAUCAUGGAAACUAUAUUAACUUUAUGUAAAGAAUGUCCGUACAAUCUGUUAGCCUGUAUGUAUAGUACAGUAUUAUUUUGCUUAAUAUUUUGUUUGAAAAUGAGAUCUGUUAAUAAUUUACUGAAGUUAAACUGAAGUUUAUGUGAUUUUUCUUUUUUUGGUAAAAUGUUACAAACAAAAUCUUAAUGGUAAUUAAUAGUGCACUUUGUUGAACAUGAUCAACUGUAAAUAUCCAUCUUUUAAAACAUUUCUUAUGUGAUCUUUGUUUUUUUGGUCCUGUAUUUCCUUGUAUUGGGGUGUACCACACUGUGUUGUUGGUGGAAAAUAUUGAAUUGAUAUAUUCUGUCUGAUGUGUUGUAAUAUAUAUUGAACAUGUUUUAAAGAACUUUAAACAUUU